GAAGCAGACAACAGUAUAACACUAACAAAUGCAGAACAGUCAACUUAAUAAUAUCACGUCUAAAUUCAAAUAGGAUAUAACAAGCAGCACACAAAUUUAACGCCUCAGAAACAAAUUACGACUGACAGAUAAGAUUUUAAAACAAGAUAUAGGAGCUGCUGUGUCACUGCUUAACAUAACCACCACCACGAGAGCGUAACCUCACUAGUUUCACCAAUAAGCUAAAGUUACAGCAUGCAACUACAUGUUAUAAAAUGGAGUUGGGAAAUUUAACAUCUGGUUUUUUCUUUACUCUAACAGUAAGCUGUAGGUAGAACAGGAGGAAAAGAGGGUAUAUUUUUCCUGUGCUGAACCUGAUGAAUGUUCAUCAGUCUCUUUUGCAUAUUGAUCGGUACACUUAACUGUAUGUAAUUUACGCCCCUUGGUUCUGCUGAAAAAUCGAUGUAAAGACUCUUUCAAACAAUGAUAAGGAACUUAAAAAGUUUAACUUUUGACAAAUCAAUACUUGCUCCACGAAUUUGCCACAACAGGCGUCCAAAGUUAAUCUACUCUGUAUUGUUAAAAUAUGUCACUUAUAAGUUAAAAGAACUGCCCCUUUUAAUCAGUCAAAGUCAAGCUAAUUAUAUAAGACCUGCCCAUCCAGGCACUACAUACAAUUCCCCAGUUGAAUAUUUUUCACAAUCCAUAAUCAUCCAAAACCGAUAACUAGAGCAAUGGACUCAAACACUAACCAGCUUCACUUUAUCCUUAUUCCUUUAUUAGCACAAGGUCAUAUGAUCCCCAUGACAGAUAUAGCAUUUCUGUUAGCCAAACAAGGUAUGGUUGUAACUCUUGUUAUGACCCCACUCAAUGCUUCUAGAAAUGCCGCUCGCAUCCAACGUGCAGCAGACUCGGGCUUACAAAUUAGGAUCCUGGAAAUUCCUUUUGUAUGCCAAAAGGUAGGGCUCCCCGAAGGAUGUGAAAAUCUAGACAUCAUUCCUUCACGUGAUAUGAUCAAGAAUUUCUACAAAGCAAUGGAUGAAAUGCAAAUACCAUUGGAAGAGAAUCUACAAAGGUUGAGCACCCCAGCAAGUUGCAUAAUUUCUGAUAAAUGCCUCUCUUGGACAUCAAAAACUGCUGAAAAAUUCAAAAUCCCUAGGGUUGUUUUCCAUGGCAUGAACUGCUUCUCACUCUUAGCCUCACAUAACAUAAAGCUCCAUAACACUCACCUAUCAGUUUCUUCCUCGUCACAACCUUUUUUAGUGCCUGGAAUGCCCUACAGAAUUCAGAUAACAAAAGCACAGCUACCAGGAUCAUUCGUAGCUUUGCCCGACUUGGAGGAUAUUAGAGACCAGAUGCGAGAGGCCGAAUCAAGAGCGUUCGGGGUCAUAGUCAACAGCUUCAGUGAUUUAGAGCAUCAAUGCAUUCAAGAUUACCAAAAAGCAAUCAAUAAAAGGGUGUGGUGCAUUGGAUCGGUUUCUCUAUGCAAUAAGGAGGUCAAAGACAAAUUUGAGAGAGGUAACAAUGCCUCAAUCAGUGAAAAUGAAUGCUUGGAGUGGCUGAACACUGUUAAACCAAAAUCUGUUAUCUACGUGUGCCUCGGUAGUCAGUGCCGCUUAGUUCCAUCACAGUUGAUAGAACUUGGCUUAGGUCUAGAAGCUUCUAAUCGUCCAUUCGUUUGGGCAAUAAAAACAGGAGAAAAGCGGGAAGAGCUUGAGAACUGGUUAGUACAAAGUAAAUUUGAAGAUAGGAUACAAGGAAGGGGGCUUCUGAUCAAAGGUUGGGCACCACAAGUGCUAAUACUAUCCCACCCAUCAAUAAAAGGAUUCUUAACGCACUGUGGAUGGAAUUCGACAAUAGAAAGCAUUUCUAACGGAAUACCGAUGAUAACUUGGCCUCAAUUUGCAGAGCAGUUUCUGAAUGAGAAACAAGUGGUGGACAUUCUACAGAUUGGUGUCCGGGUGGGCGUUGAUAUCCCAGUUCGGUUUGGGGAUGAAGAGAAGACCGGGGUGUUGGUCAAUAGACAUGAUAUAGCAACUGCAGUUAACAUAUUGAUGGAUGGGGGAGAGGAAGGAGAAAAGAGAAGAAAAAGAGCAAAACGACUUGAAGAGAUGGCAAGGAAGGCUGUCAUAGAAGGAGGAUCAUCUAAUAAUGAUCUCUCACUUUUGAUACAAGAAAUCAAGGAACAUUCCAUUCUAUCUAUUGUGUAAGUUUCAAAUUGUAGAAGUGUUUUCAUUCCUCAGUUAAGUAUUUUCGAGUUGCUAAGCCACAUGAUUAGGAUAGAACCUUGCCCAGCAACUCGAGCUGAUCCUGAUCACUUUUACAAUGUACUACAAUGCUUAAAAAUCGAACUUUAUUUAAGUACGACAGUCUUAGUAACAUAACAUAUUAACAUGUAGUGUGUACAGUCGAGUUUAAUGAUUUGGCGAAUAUAAGAAUGACGAAUUCACGAGUUCUCCUUUUUUACCUCUUUUGGUGGAAGCUAGAAAGGGGAGUCAACAAACACCAAAUAAAACACCAACACUAAAGAAUCAUGUUUUGGUCCCAAAUCAUAAAGUUUAAAAUUUCAAGUACAAAAGCUAAAUAUUUGGACACUAAGGUCCAAAAUACGGUUCUUCGCACCUUUUUCUACCCACCCAAAGUGAGAGCAAAACAAAGUACAUAAUGCUAGACUUGGACAAACAACAAUAACAAUAAUAAAACCAAAUCCUUAUUCACAAAUUGGGUUCGGCUACAUGAACCAAGAAUCUAUCUCAUGUGAAUAUG